AUGUUCUGUCUGUUUGGUUAGAAUAACUGUAAUUGAAUUUGUUAUAUAGAAAAUCGGAUUUAAUCAACCAUCAUCAUGGAAAAAAUCAUAAAAAAUACCUAAAAUAAUUAAAAUAAAAUGAUUAUAUAUUAUAUACAGUCCGAGAUAAAGUGAUAACACACUCAACAUUUUUAUUUAUUUCUGAAGAUGGAAGCAGGAAACUUUUUCCCUCUCUGUCUUAUCGAUCUCGUCAUACGUACAUAUAGAAAAUCGCUUUAUUGGAAUGUGAUAACACACAUGAGGUCUUUCCACUUAUUAAAUUUCUUUCUUUAGUUGUUAUUCAGGUCGAAGAAAGACUAAAUAAAAGUGAAAUCAAUAGAAUUUUAGUAUUACGAUUAAAAAAUUACCUUAUCUCAAAAAUUGUAAAACUAUUCAGUAGAAGUCGUAAGGCAAUACUUAAUUUAUUAAAGUAUUCUAAAAAUUAUGGAAAAAAAUACCAUUGUAGAACAAAUUCUGGCAGAACGACAAGAAAAAGCUUCUUUACGGAAAGCUUCUAAUUCCAAAGAAACUGCAAGAGAAAUUGCUAAAGCUGCAAGUAUUAUAACAUAAAAAAUGUCUAACGUAUUUUGUAAACAUUGGAAACUAAAGAAACGCGCACCAUUAACAUCAUAUGUACAGCAGAGGACAACGCUUAAUGUUCGCAAAAAAUCAUUGGAAACAACAUUGGAGAAAAGUUAUUUUUAGUGAUGAGAAAAAAUUUAAUUUAGAUGGUCCAGAUGGAUGGCAUUAUUAUUUCCAUGAUCUUCGAAACAGGAACUUAUUUUAAGUCAUCGAUAAAUGGAGCGAGAAAUUGUAAUGACUAAAAACAAAGCACCUGUGGAAAUUUAAAUCAUAACAGUACAACUAUUAAGAGAAGCAAAGGAAAGAGAGAAAGAGAGAGAUCAAGAAAUUUUACCUCUUAUAAGAAUAACAUUAAAAUCUUUAUUCUAUAAUGUUAAACCUAUCUAGAAUUUUAUUUAAAGAACAAUUCAUUUAUAAAUAUUCCUUCUCAGCCACAAAAUAUCUCAGAUCUCCAUGAAUGGAGAUUGAUUAUCAAUAUUGGAAAUGAAAAACGUAUGAAGACACAUAGGAAUCAUAUAUUGGGUUGAAGAAAAAGUUUCUUCGUAUUCUCAUGGCAGAUGACAUUACAGUUAUAUAAUUUUAGUAAUUGCAUGCAUUUGUAAAGUGACAUCACUAUUUUUAGAAAGAUUAUGAUAUAUUUGUUUAUUUAUUUAAAAGUUAUUACGUCUUGAAAAUGAGUGAAAAAGAAGAAAUUCGACAUGUUUUGAAAUUUUUUUACAAAAAAGGGACGAAUGCGACUCAGGCUGCUAAAAAAAUUUGUGAUGUAUAUGGACUUGAUGCAGUAUCAGUACGUGUGGUACAAAUCUGGUUCAAGCGGUUUCAAUCUGGAAAAUUUGAUAUAAAUGAUGCACCUCGCUCUGGUCGGCCAAUAACUGAAAAAGUCGAUGAAAUCAUGAAAAAAAUUGAGCAAGACCGGCACAUUAGCAGUCAUCAUGUCGCUAAGGAACUAAACAUCGACCAUAAAACAGUUUUAAACCAUUUGAAAAAGGCUGGAUACAAAAAAAAACUCGAUGUUUGGGUGCCACAUGAUUUAACAAUGAAAAAUUUAAUGAAUCGAAUUUCCAUCUGCGAAUCGUUGUUAAAACGGAACGAAAUCGAACCAUUUUUGAAGCGGCUCAUUACGGGCGAUGAAAAAUGGAUCAUGUACGACAACGAUGUACGGAAAACAUCAUGGUCAAAGCAAGGAUUGGCGUUAAACAAAGUGAUGUUAUGUGUGUGGUGGGAUUGCAAAGGAAUUGUUCACUAUGAGUUGCUGCCGCCCGGUCAAACAAUUGAUUCUAAUCUCUACUGUCAACAACUGGAAAGAUUACGUCAAGCAAUCGAAAUAAAACGACCGGAAUUAAUCAAUAAUAAAGGUGUCAUCUUCCAUCAUGACAAUGCCAGGCCCUACACAUCAUUGAUGACUUAUCAAAAAUUGAGAGAGCUUGGGUGGGAAGUUUUAAUGCAUCCACCGUAUAGUCCUGACCUUGCACCGUCAGACUACCAUUUGUUUCGGUCUUUGCAGAAUUCCCUUAAUAGUGCAAAGCUGGCUUCAAAAGAGGCCUGUGAAAAUUACUUGUCAAAGUUUUUUGUGGAGAAAAAAAAGAAAUUCUACAAUGACGGGAUUAUGAUUUUACCUCAAAAAUGGCAAAAAGUAAUUGAUCAAAAUGGCAUGUAUUUGGUGUAAUAAACAUUGUUUGAAAUAUAAAAAGCUAUUAAUUAUAA